CGGAGCAAACUUAGCUUGGCAUGCAUGGCGGGCCUCGUGCAGAAGCUCAUGCUAGAGACCACGCCUCCUCGGGCAUGGUUCCUGUUCCUGCUCCCCCUCCUCCUCUUGUGUCUGCACCAUUGGUUCACCAGAAAGACACGAUCAUCAACAGGGCAGCGCCUCCCACCUUCGCCGCCGGCGCUGCCCAUCAUCGGGCACCUGCACCUCGUCGGUUCCCUCCCGCACGUAUCCCUCCGCGGCCUCGCCAGGAAACACGGCCCCGACGUGAUGCUCCUCCGCCUGGGCGCCGUGCCGACACUCGUCGUGUCAUCGCCGCGCGCCGCUGAGGCGGUGCUGCGCACGCAUGACCACGUCUUGGCGUCGCGGCCACGCUCUCUUGUCACCGACAUCAUCAUGUACGGCUCCUCGGACAUCGGCUUCGCGCCGUACGGCGAGUACUGGCGGCAGGCGAGGAAGCUCGUCACCACGCACAUGCUGAGCGUAAAGAAGGUGCGGUCUUUCCGCAGCGCCGCCAUCGAGGAGGCGAGCAUGGCGAUGGCCAAGAUCAACGAGGCAGCCAUAGCCGGUGCUACAGUCGACAUGAGCGAGCUGCUCAACGCAUUCUCGAAUAACAUGGCGUGCCGUAUCGUAUCAGGCAAGUUCUUCCGGAAAAAUGGACGAAGCAAGUUGUUCCGGGAACUCAUCGAGGACUCCUCUCAGCUUCUCGGCGGGUUCAACUUGGAGGAGUACUUCCCAGCAUUGGGUAGGGUAGGAGUGCUUAAGAGGGCGGUUUGUGCCAAGGCCGAAAGAGUGAGGGACAGAUGGGCCGAUCUAUUGGACAAGGUGAUCGACGAUCGUGUGAGCAAGCUCAAGUCAGCGGUUGAUCACAAUAAGGAUGGCGACUUCGUAGAUAUUCUGCUGUCUGUUCAGCAGGAGUAUGAUCUCACAAGAGAGCACAUGAAAGCUCUCCUCACGGAUGUAUUUAUUGGUGGAACUGACACAUCAUCUAACGUCCUCGAAUUCACCAUGGCUGAGCUCAUGAGGAGGCCAGAGUUCAUGGGGAAGCUACAAGACGAAGUGAGGAGUAUUGUACCCCGGGGACAAGAAAUUGUGAGCGAAACUGACAUGAACAACAUGGUGUACCUAAGAGCAGUAAUAAAAGAGUCUCUCAGGCUGUAUCCUGUUGUUCCGCUCCUUGCUCCGCACCUUGCCAUGGCUGAUUGUACCAUCGAUGGAUACAUGGUUCCUGCUGGGACUCGUGUCGUCGUCAAUGCAUGGGCCAUUGGGAGGGAUUCGAGGUCCUGGGAGGAUGCAGAAGAGUUCAUACCUGAAAGAUUUAUAGAUGAAGGCAACGCUAGGAAUGUCAACUUCAAGGGGAAUGAUUUUCAGUUCUUGCCGUUCGGGGCAGGGCGAAGGAUGUGCCCUGGUAUGAACCUUGGAAUCGCCAAUGUGGAGCUUAUGUUGGCAAACCUCGUGAACCAUUUUGACUGGGAACUACCGAUUGGAAUUGAGAGAAAAGAUAUUGAUAUGACAGAGGUGUUUGGGAUAACCAUUCGUAGGAAGGAGAAACUAUUGUUGAUUCCAAAAUCACGCUUGUAAAAUCAAGCUAAUUAUAUACUUUGUGCUAUUGGGAAGAAGGGGUUACCCAGGAUAAUGGUACCAAUAAAUAAUGGCCAAUUAUUCCUUGUGUAGCUAUAAAUAUUGUUGUUUAGAAGGUUGACAAAUGUCAAUGCACAUGUUUGGCCACUACUUUUAUUAUUACAUACAUAUGAAAUAAAAUAGGAAAAUAUC